AUGUCAACAUUACCAUUCGAAAUUCUUUUGGAGAUUGCGGGAGUCUUGACCACUCAAGAUAAACUCAACUGCACCACAGUCUGUAAAGCAUGGACUUCACCAUUCCAAGAGUCCAUGUGGGACUCUAUCACUAUCAGCGACAAACAGACACUCAACACUAUUUGCAGAGUAUCAACCACCAACCCAAGCUGCUAUCAGAAAUUUGGAAGCCUUGUCACCAGCUUGACCCUUGGGACAAGACUCAACAUAAACGACAAACAACUCCAUACUAUACAAUCCCUUUUUAACAAUAUCAAACACCUCAAAAUACCAACCGUAUCUCAGAGCUUGGAUAUAUCCGAGACCAACGCUGAUUGGAGUCUCUGGUCAUCAUUGGUAGAUCUAGAAAUCUACAAGCAACGAAUGGAAUCUGACGACGACAUGGAAGAAAUGCUCUACGCUUUGUCACUCUUGCCACAUCUCAGGAAACUACAUAUCACAGAAGAUUAUGGAAGCGGAAAUAUUCCAUAUAGAUGGCAAGCUCUUGAAGUCAUACACACCUACCUUCCUCAGCUCGAAUAUCUGCAGAUGGAUGUCGCAUUUGAGUCAAUAUACCCAGAAGACAUUGAAGAGAUCGAUACGAUCUCGCCAGCAAACAAUUUGACGACUGCGAAUUUCUUUUAUGAGUCAAUCGAUAUCCCAUGGUUGUACUACUUUGCUUCCAAAUAUCCCAACCUACACACAUUCAGAUGCAACAUUGCAGCAAAUCCUGACACAACAUACGCAGACUAUGGAACCGACAGAUUGUUGCUUUCAAAGCUGUCAAAUAUAUUUCCCCGUCUUGAAACAAUCUCAAUUAAAGAAUGCGAAAACAACGAAUACCCACACGGAGUACUCUGUAAAUUACUUUAUGAGCACGGCCUAAAAUUGAAGAAUAUCGAAUACACUGCAGAGUCUAAAAGCAACUCGCAAUAUGUCUCACAGCAAACACCAGAAGAUGUCGUCUACAAAUUUAUUGAUGCAAACGUAUCAACCCUUGAGACGCUCACCUUAAAAUGCUAUGACUAUUCAAGUCAAUGGAUGCCUCUAGUUGACCUCACUUUCUGGACAAAUCUAGUUGAGCUGAAUCUUUAUUCAAGCUGGGGCUCAAUCUGGUUGGAUCGGAUUCUGGAUCGUUGUCCUGCCCUGAAAACCCUGAGAUUAUCUUCAGAGAACAUUGUUGUAUCACAAAGAACGUCAGAUACUAUCUCCCUGCACGGACUGGAAUCAGUGAAGUUUGAGCACGCAAGUCUCAGUUCAGAAUCGCUUAAUUAUAUCUCUUUACGAUGUCGGCAAUUGAAGAAUCUUUCAUUGAGAAGUAUCAAGGUUCGAGGAUCAAUCUUACAAGAAACCGGGAAUUUGACCAUCGAUAUCUCCAACGUAUCUCUUAAAACUCUGGAUUUUACGGACGUAACAUUCUAUCAAUCAUCUGGAGCCAACUGUACUUAUGAUACCGCAAUCAACUUUAUUGUUCUUGACAAACCAAGCAUUACUCCUGAACUGGAAGGUAGUCUUGAUGCAGGCGUCGAGAUAUCUGGUAUCUAUCACCCCGUACCCAAUUCAAAGCCAAUCUGGAUUCAUCAAUUCCAAAGCUAUCCCAAGCAUGGUUAUGCCCGCACAUAUCUGGAUACGUACUUGCGAACUUUGACCAAUGAACAAGCUACCUACGCCAAAAGAUACUUUGACUCGUUUCAAAAUAACAUUGCAAAGUACAGAAAACCAGAAUCAGGGAUGUCAUAUCACGAACGGGGAGCUAUGGGAGAUUCAUGGACUCGAGAUCUUCAUCGAGGCUAUGUAUCUGUCAGAUGCUCAUCCAUAGAAAGAUAUCUUCUCAAAGGGUUCAAAUGGGACAUUGACUAUAUAUAA